GGCGUAACUAGCAGAGUCGACAUAAUCCAGUUCGGUUGAGUAUCUUCGUGUAGUGGUCUUUCGCUUUUGAUUGCUGCGGCCUUUUUGGCCUGGAAAGGCAAGAAAUAUGGUGAUCUACUUCAAAAGCACGGUGGUUUCGCCGCCGGCUGUCAUCUUCAUGGGAGUGGACAAAUUCGAAAACGAAGAUCUCAUCAAGUGGGGCUGGCCCGAAGAUGUGUGGUUCCACGUGGACAAGGUGUCAUCGGCCCAUGUGUACCUUCGGCUGCAACCCAACCAAACCCUGGACGACGUGCCGUCGAGCGUACUCGAGGACUGCGCGCAACUCGUGAAGGCGAACAGCAUUCAAGGCAACAAGAUGAACUCCAUCGACGUUGUGUACACAAUGUGGGCUAACUUGAAAAAAACGCAAGGAAUGGAAGUCGGCCAGGUUGGAUUCCACAAGCAGAAGGAGGUGCGGACGAUCCGGGUGGAGAAGCGCAUCAACGAGAUCGUCAACCGGCUGAUGAAGACCAAGGAGGAGCGGCAGCCGGACCUGCGCGCCGAGCGGGAGGAGCGGGACCACAAGGAGCGCGAGGACAAGAAGCAGAUCCUCCGCGAGCAAAAGGAGCGAGAGAAGCAGGAGCAGAAGGAGAAGGAGGAGCAGGCCAAGCUCAGGAGUUACGAUACACUGAUGAAAGGAGAGAACAUGAAAUCAAACAAGGAGGAUGGUUAUGACUCGGAUGACUUCAUGUGAUGUUCCGUCAGCACCGGCCUGUGUAAUAAAUGUACAAUAAAUAUAGAGUUUUAUCA